AUGAAAUUUGAACCACCGUCCCACUCCUCAUUAGUUGUAUCCAUGUACUACUGUUGCAACUUGCAAGUGUGGAACAAUGAAAGGAUCAAGACUUUCGAAGUAGCAGAUGACUCCCCAAACCUCAUUUUUUCUCUCAUGUCGAAAACCCUUCUCUCCCGCAUCAUAGCUCGUCAUAACCCCAAACCCAGUUCUUCCCCUUCCUUCUCCUUCAAACCCCACAUCAAGCGACUCGUCAACGAACUCUGUGACAUCCUCAAAACCCACCACCACAAUCAAUGGCAAGACACCCUCGAAACCCGCCUCUCCGAAGAAGAAAUCGUCCCAUCUGACAUUGCCCAUUUGGUGCUCGACAGAAAAAAAAUUAAAGCCCGAUCUCCCUUGUCUCUAUCUAAAAAAAGCCCUAAUCUGUGUCUCUCUAUGUUGGCCCGUCCCUCCCUCUUUCUGUGUUCUCUCUCUCAAUCGGUGCCCACUCUCUCUAGCUCACCGAAGUCCCU